CUUCUUUUUCCGGCUAACUCUGUGGCGAGCGGCUGUGAAACACCUUUUGGUAACAGCACAACCACCCCGGAUAUUCGUACACAAUGGUCAGCUUAAGGGUACGCAAGAAGACCAGGAAGCUGCGUGGUCACGUCAGCCAUGGCCACGGUCGUAUUGGCAAGCACCGUAAGCAUCCUGGUGGUCGUGGUAACGCUGGUGGCAUGCACCAUCACCGUAUCAACUUCGACAAAUACCAUCCGGGCUACUUCGGUAAGGUCGGUAUGCGGAAUUUCCAUCUGAACCGCAACCACCAGUUCUGCCCCACGCUCAACCUGAGCCAUCUCUGGAACCUGGUGCCACCGAAGCUGCGCGAGGAAGCGAAGAAGAACCCGGAGAAGGUCCCCGUCGUGGAUCUCGUGAAAUUCGGAUACUUCAAGCUGCUCGGCAAUGGCCGGCUUCCGAAGGCGCCCAUCAUUGUGAAGGCGAAGUAUUUCUCGCGUCAGGCUGAGGAGCGCAUCAAGCGUGCCGGUGGUGCGUGUGUCCUGCGCGCUUGAAGCGUGUAGUAGCUUAAGAUGCAACAACCACAUUAUGUAUGCUUGAUCCUGCGGCGGGGGUGUGUGAUGGAGGUUUUAGAUCACGAAGCGGCGAAAGGAACGAAUGAAAUUGUCAACAUCAUCACCCUUCGACGCCCACUCUGUCUCAAACACCUCCUCCUCGUUGAGAGCAUCUUUUCGUUUUGGUACAACGUUUAGUGUGUAUUCUUGCGCCUGAAGAAGACCGAUUUUGUGAGCUGCACGGAGAUGCGAAGGAGAAGAGUUCAUCCAGGACACCGAAAAGAGGAAGAAAAUACAAGAAACUGAUAUCAAAACCGA